AUGGAUGCCGCCAUUGCUUACGAGGUAGAGACGGAUGGCGACGAGGAGAUGUCUGUGGCGGACGACGAGGGCGAUUGGGUAGCGGAUGGGGACGACCUCCCCGGUGGGGACGGGUCCGAUAGCGAUGAGCCUCCGCCUUCAUUAUCGCCAGAUGCGAUGUCUGAAGAUGAGGAAGGCCGUUUAGACAUUAAGGCGGAGCUAGCUUAUAUAGCGCGGAAGUAUCUAUUGCCGAAUGAAGCGAUUACAGACAUCAUUCAACUGUUCAAGAACCGUUUGUGGUCACCCGAGGAUUUAGAGUUAUGGGACACUUUCCGGGACCUGGAGGCUUUCGAAGAGGAGCUUAUGGACGCUGACGAUACGUGGGAGACCAUGGACUUGGAGCUGGCGGGGGAUCACGGAGUGGUGGUUGAUCACAUGGGGGUGCCUGCCACGGUGUUUACGAUGCUGCACACCUAUGGAUGUGAUCAUCCGGAGUCAUCCAUGGUGACCGGGACCAUGGCCGCGUCGUCCUACAAGCCCUGCUCCAUGUGCAUUGUUGAUCGUUGGGACCUGAAGAAGGUGACAAAGGCUUUUGAAGCCCGCACGGUGAAGGAUCAGAGGAACUUGUACCAGGAGAUGGAGGAGGGCACACCGACAGAGGUGGAGGACCUAAAGCGCGCAUGGUCGACGCACUAUGUUGCCUGCGCUCUUUGGGAGUGGGGUUACGUCACCACGGACUGGGGGAACUUUUACGAGUCAAUCGGGGUGUGCCUGUUGCACGUGGUGGAUGAGGGUUGGUGGCUGCACUGGAUGCGGUGCUGGAUUGCGGUGCUGACGGCCGCAGAGAGGAAGGAAGUCCUGAGGCGCUGCAGAGUGGUGCUAGCCGACACGCCGGCGUCAGUCCUUCGCACACCAAAUGUCUCCACCUACUUCCGCACAACUCACACGGCCCUCGCCAUUCCAUCGCAUGACCGGAUGGACCGAGGCAGCGUCGGACAGGUGGUGAAGGCAUCACCCAAGGAGAACAAGUUCAGCCACAUUCGCAUUGCAGGCGGGAGGGCCGACUGGUUUGCGAGAUGUCUUGUGCUAUUCCACUACACUGAUGAGAGCCAGCAGAUUCAGAGGAGGGCAUUCGUCAGGUACUUCACGGAGCAGCCGUUUUCGUGCUCUCACACGGGGUGCCGCAUGCUCCUUCCCAUGGUAGGCAAGGAUGCGUUUGCAAUUCUCGAUGUGGACAGCAUCCUGUGUCUCUCCCACAUUGUGCCCUGCUUCUCGCAGCCUGGGUACUAUUUGGUGAACAGGUUUCUGUUUUGA